CUUUACGAGAGGUUUUCUCGAUACGGCCGUGAGUCUGGGUUGCAGCAUGAGAUUCUCGAGAUUGAAGGUGUUCAAAGCGCGGCACAGAAUGAAGCUCUCGAGUGGUUCCAACAGCUGUUCUCUUCAAGUUUAACACUGACAGGGCCAGUCGUUUUCUUAUCAGUGAACUCACCACCAUUUUGAUGUGGCAAGCCCUUCUGAAUCCCGCCGAAGCAUGUGGUGUCGCUCAUGCACUUGGGCUUGGUGAGCGCUGCUGCUAAUUAACGUUGUUAUUCAAGUUGUGUGUUAAGGGCCAGGCUUCAAUCUGUGGACAAUGAUGCUCCGCUACAGUUGUCGGAAUCUUUUGCAGAGGAGCACUGUAGAGGGCACAGCAGCGGUCAGCUGGUUGGCGUCCCGAUUCCAUGUGAGUGCAUUCGCCGCCGAACCAUCCGACACGAACGGGCCUUCCACCUCCGGCGCCACUUCUGCAGAACGACUAUUUGGUGUCGCCCUCUUGGAAAGGUUGCCCAUCAUCGUGCCUGAUCCGCCCAAAUGGCAGAGCGACUACGAGGACGCAAAGUUUGAGCGAGAUCAGAAGCUCCGGAGGGCCUACCCCCCUGAAUUCUUUGCAGGGUUCGAUGGCCAAUCUAGCGAAGGAGCUCGCGGUGCCGAAGUUGACAUUGAACCAGCGCCCCGAAUCACUGAAGAUGACAAGACUGGGAAUGUCAAAUCCCUCAACCGAGCGCUUGACCGGCGACUCUACCUCAUGGUUCAAGGUCGAGAGGAGUGGACGGAUGAUCCGUCACCUGUUUGGCACUUCCCUCUUGUUGGGUACCAAGACGGAGAGACCAUGCGGAAGUGUGCAGAGCGCAGUCUGCGAGGGCUGAGAGGUCCUGACAUGAAGACCUACACCGUAGGCAACGCCCCGUGUGGGCAUGCCGUUUUCUCCCCUACUACCACCACUCCAUCAGCAACGCCGCUUGCUAAGCUCUUCUACUAUCGAAUCCAACUUCUCGAGGGGGAUGUCAAGCUCGGAGAUCAGAGAUUACGAGAUCAUGCUUGGCUCACAAAGUCGGAGAUCAUCGAACGAACGAAUAGUAGCUUGCGAGAACUGCUCGAGAAGAUGCUUGUCGGGUAAGAUUGGAGGUCUGAGUGCCUCAAGCUGGUUGAAUGACAUGCUGGAUCAUACAGCCGCCGUUUUGUGUCCUCACGAGGUGGACCACUAGCGUUCAUCCUGGCCCGGAAACCUCCUCCAAAGUUGCCCGAAUAGCUCUUACACCUUGCAAUUGUAUCGUCACUACUGGGCAUACUCUCUAAGGUAUCCGUGCGGGUAAAUUGCCCC